AUGUCACGAUCCGACCAAACCGCGACUCUUAUAAUUAAAGAUGAUUCUGAUUCUAAUAAAAUCAGCAAACAUUCCAAUGUUAAUUUAGAAUUGAUCAAAGAUGGAUCUAAAGUAGAAAUUCUAAUUAGAAACCCGAUUGAUGCUGAAAUUAUACGUCAAUAUCCUUUAUGUAGCUGUUCGUAUUUACCAGCUUCAUCGAGUGAACAUGCUAUUUCUUUUCAUGUUAAUUCUAAACAAGAAACAGUAAUCAUUAUUGCUAAAGAUGAACGAUGUGUAAAUUUAUUUGCAUCUAUUCAAAAAUAUUUCAAUGAUUCGUCAUACAUUUCAAAAGAAGAAGAUGUGUCUAAAAUUCAGAAUGAUCUUCGAGAAAAAGUUGAACAAUUUAUCAUAGCAUUCAAUAAGGGCGACCAAAAAUCAUCUAUUCAUUUUUAUCUGGAUAAAAUUGGUGAACAAGAAAAAUCAAUCACUCAUAAAUUAUUAAAACUACAAAUAACAAUUGAAAGUGUAUUGGGUAAAUCUGAUAGCAAUCCCUAUGAAGUAAUUAUUCGUUCACAUACAUCUUUACGUGAACUUAAACAAAAAAUAUACGAUCAAACAGGAAUUCCUGUUAACAACCAACAAUGGUUUCUUAAUCGAUAA